CUAAACAGCGGUUCAACCCCAAUCCAUGAUGCGCAGGCGAGUAUGGGCUGGUCCCGUUACUAGGUGGGGUUUAUCGUGGGUAUAAAUAAGCUCUCCCUGCCGCUGCAACACCUCCGCCUUCUCGGUCAGACAACAUUUCCUUCUCCAAGGCCUCGCGACUCCAGCAAUCCCACCAUGUCCUUCAUCACAGCCUUUUUGCAGCAGACAGUCUAUCUGGGCAUGCCCGAUGACUCAGUCCUAAAGAACGAGGGAACAGUGACCGCAGCACCCAACUUCAGCCCCAACGGAGAUGCGGCGGUCCUGGAAAAGGCCAUCAAGGCAAAAGGUGUGGAUGAGAACACCAUUAUUGAAAUUCUGGUGAAAAGGAGCAACGAGCAGAGGCAACAGAUCAAAGAGGCCUACCAGCAGGCCAGUGGCAAGCCUCUGGAAUUGGCGCUGAAGAGCGCUCUGAAGGGAGAUCUGGAGGAUGUGGUGUUGGCCCUGCUGAAAACACCGGCCCAGUACGACGCCCAGCAGCUGAAACUGGCUAUGAAGGGUCUGGGCACAGAGGAGGACACCCUGAUAGAGAUUUUGGCUUCCCGGAACAACAGAGAGAUCCUGGAAAUUAAGAAAGUCUACAAGGAGGAAUACAAGAAGGACCUGGAGGGCGACAUCAGAUCGGACACUAGUGGAGAGUUCAGGGCCGCUCUCCUUGAACUCUGCAAGGCCAGUAGGACUGAAGGAGUUUCCGAGCAGCUGGUUGACAGCGAUGCCAGGGCUCUGUACGAGGCUGGCGAGGGGAGGAAGGGCAAAGACUGCUCUGUCUUCAUUGAAAUCCUCAUCACCAGGAGUGCCCCUCAUCUCCGCAAAGUGUUUGAAAGAUACUCAAAGUACAGCAAAGUGGACCUGGCCAAGGCUAUCGACCUGGAGAUGAAAGGAGAUAUUGAAAAUUGUCUCACAGCAGUAGUGAAGUGUGCUGGAAGCAGACCUGCGUUCUUUGCUGAGAAACUCAACUUGGCCAUGAAGGGUAAAGGUACCCGCAAGCGUAUCCUGACCCGCAUUAUGGUGAGCCGCUCUGAAAUUGACAUGAAACGGAUCAAGGAUGAAUACAAGAAAAACUACAGCACCACACUGUACCAGGAUAUUCUGGAUGACACUAAAGAUGACUACGAGAAGAUUCUGCUCGCUCUCUGUGGAAGUCAAAACUAAUAGCCAAUCAUUGGUAUCAAAGCUAAAGUGACCAAAGAUCCACCUCCAGCUGUGGAAAAUUAACUUUAAUCUUUUGACACAUAUUGUGCCCUGUGUUCUUGUUGAGACCUGACAAGACACUUUGUGACCGUUGUAACAUUUAGAACAGCAAUGAGCAAAGUUUAAUAUGGAAUCUGCACUGCACUGCUUCAAUAGAUUAUUUUAUCUGCGAGUUAUAUCUUUUUAUUCAACACUCUUAUCCCAGCGGUUUUCCAAUGGACAUAUGAUCUGUGACAGAUUUAGGCUUACUCUUAUAAGAUUGUCAUAUGUGUUGCUAAAAAAAGAAGCUAAAGUCAGUAAACAACUUGCAGCUGCAAACAUGUAUACAUAACAUAUAUAGUCUAUGAUGUACACACGUUUCUAUGUGCCUGUUACAUUCAGUAUCAGAAGUCAACUUGAAGGAACCUCGAUAUCCUGCAAAUAAAUCCUUUUGGUAUGAAGGCUUA